AUGGACCGGAUUUUGGAGGUGCCAGGCAUAAUGACCGCUUCACGUUGUACAGUGAAGAACAGAGACGGCACAGAAGAACAAUCCCCAUACAAAGCACUCUUUGGUGAUGAGGCCAGAAUGAUCCACCUGAUGCAUGGAUCAUCCAGAACGAUUCACCAAAAAGAAUGCUCUACUCCUCCAAAUGACUCACCAGAGAACUUCACUCAGCCAGAGGGCUCUGCCUACCCAGAAAGUCCACCCUGUGGCCAGAAUCCUCAAGGAAGACUUCAUAAGCUCCAAGAAGACAUAGCACUUCAACGGUCCAAAGCAGCAGCUGGUCAGUUAGCUCAAGCUGAGCGCAUGGUCAAACGUAGUCGUGUAGAACAUGUCCCAAGUAAUCCAGGAGAUAAAGUGACAAUUCCCAUCCCGUUAGUUGAUCGAGGAAAAGGUGAUCCACAAAAUGUUAUCGGUGUUAUCUUAGAUCGUAACGAAAAUGACAGUAAUCGAAUAGGCGUGAGUGAUGGAAUACUCAAGGGGCGCUACAGUAGGAGCCAAUUUGAUAUUUGCAUCCAGCAACUGUAUAGUAUUGGUGAAGUGAGUGCAGACAAGGAGGUAGGAUCUACGUCAGGCAGUACAGCAAUCAUCUAG